AUGCGCUUAUUUGCGACAGGACGUGCUCUGCGUGCCAGCAGCGGCCGCUGGUCCAUUGUUGCAGCCCGCCCCAGAAUCCCAAUCCCGCGUAUCUCCCCGCUCCACGAAUCCAUCCCAGCUGUCAAAAGAGACUGGAGCUCCACAACAGCUCUCCGGACAACCGACCACAAAGCCAAUACUCAAGCACCCGGACAGAUCCCGCAAAAAACACAAUCUACCCAGACAAUUGAGGGCGUGGCCUACCCAACCGACCAAUGGACCAACACCCCCGACCAGAUUCUCUCCCACGUCGGCCGCCGCCUCUACCUCGAUGAGAACCACCCCCUAGCAAUCACCCGCAAGCUCAUCGAGAGCCAAUUCCCCGCCCCGGUCUUCGGCAACCAUUUCGAGAAGAACCCAGUCGUAUCAACGAGACACAAUUUCGACGUCUUGGGCUUCCCGCCGGAUCACCCGGGCCGUAGUCGUACAGAUACAUACUACAUCAACGACAAGACUGUCUUGCGCACACACACCAGCGCCCACCAACAAGCCUACUUCCAGCAGCUCAAUCGCAACGAGCAGACCCGUCCCGAGGAAGUGGGAUAUACUGUCAUCGCGGACGUCUACCGCCGUGAUGCAAUUGACCGCAGCCACUACCCCGUCUUCCAUCAGAUGGAAGGCGCAAUGCUCUGGAAGCGGCCCGAUACCGACCCCCUUGGACACUCCGCCGAGACAGCCGCAAAGAUCAUGGCUGACGUGGAGCUGAUCCCGCGUCAUGAUGUCGUGGUUGAGGACCCGAACCCCACGCUCCAUGCUCAGCGCAAUCCGCUGCAAGCGGAGCACCACAGCGCAGAGGAGGUGGAGGCCAUCGCGGCGCAUCUGAAGCGCUCGCUGGAGCGCAUGGUUAUCAAGGUCUUCACAGAAGGCAGCAAGGCCGCUGCUGCUGCGGGCGGUGCCGCCGCUGAGCCUCUGAAGGUGCGCUGGGUCGAGGCCUACUUCCCCUUUACCAGCCCGUCCUGGGAGAUGGAGGUAUUCUGGCAGGGCGAGUGGCUCGAGAUUCUUGGAUGCGGUGUCAUCAAGCAGGAUCUCUUGAUCAACUCCGAUGUUCCCAAUCGAGUGGGCUGGGCGUUUGGAUUGGGAAUUGAGCGUAUUGCUAUGCUCCUGUUUAAUAUUCCUGAUAUCCGUCUUUUCUGGUCUCGGGAUGAGCGGUUCCUCUCCCAGUUCCGCGCUGGCACUAUUACGCGCUUUGAGCCUUUCUCCAAGCACCCGGCUUGCUACAAGGAUGUUGCUUUCUGGUUGCCUCCUGCCGCUGUUACUGGCGGAAGCAGUGCUGCCGGUGGAGGUGUGCCAUUCCACGAGAAUGAUGUGAUGGAAAUUGUUCGUGGUAUUGGAGGUGAUCUUGUGGAGGAUGUUUCUUGUAUUGACGAGUUUACACACCCCAAGACUGGGCGCAAGAGUAUGUGCUAUCGCAUUAACUACCGCAGCUUGGAGAGAACUUUGACCAACGAGGAGGCCAAUGAGAUGCAUGACAAGGUUCGAGCUAAGCUCGUGGGUGAUGUGGGUGUAGAAUUGAGGUGA